AUGCCUAAGCCUGAGGUUCCCCAGGACGAGCAGACGUCCGCGCCAGACUCCCCCAGUGGUGUCAAAACACCUCGCUCGGACGGCUCAAAUGUGUCAGUCUUCUCUGAUGAAGGAGACGCGGCGGGGCGCAUUGAAGAGUUGCGGGACCAGCUGCAGCAGGCGAGGCGCCUUCCUGGAGAUACGCUCGCGGCUCCACCGCCUCCUCCUUGUCAGCCCAGGACACACGCGGCUGCCGCGCAUCUUGGUAUGCAGGCUGCUCCGCUCACGACCCGGCAGUCCCGAAUCAGGACCCCUGCAGCGGUUCUACAAACGGACCCGGACCCGACGAUACCUCCUCCACGGCCCGAUGUAAUCAGGUCUAUUGCAGAUCUUCAGUCGAGCUGCAGUCAAGUGGACUGCACUAUGCUUAUGAAACCGGACGUAAAGUCAUACCUACUGGAGACCCCCGGUCACAUGUACGGAAACACAGAAAAAUUGUUCGAUGAGCUUGUUCGCAAGGAUCAACUGAAAUACUUGCUGACGCAAAACCUUAGCCAAGAUGACGCCGAAAACCUCUUCGGGUCCAUACGUGCACGAGGUGGUCAUAACAACAACCCAACCGCUGCGCAGUUCAAGGCUGCAUACAAGCGUUUGUUGGUUCAGACAGAAGUAACUUCAUCAAUCUCUGGAAACUGCUCCCAAGACAUAGUCUCAAUUCUAAAUCCAACAACUACAGGAGCUUUGGUAGGUGAAAGCAGCAUGCUUACUGAUAUGCGCAGGUCAUCAAUCCUGCAGGCCGACGACCACAACUAUACCCAUCGCAUUGGCUGCCCAGAAAGCUUGUCAGCUUUUGUCGGUGCUGUAGUGCCGUACAUUGCAGGUUUCGUCGUGCAGAAAGUUCGUUCAACGGUAACAUGUGAACUGUGCAUCGCAGCCCUGCCCUCGGAUGAACUGGCACCUUUAAUUAGGCAAAAGAGCCGAGGUGGACUCAUUUCAGCGUCACAAGACGUCGUUGGCCUGUGUGAAGCAGUUGAAAAGGGGCUGCGAUGGCUACAGGCAGAAUAUUAUACUAUUAAAAUGGUGACGGUAAGAUCAAAACACCUCAUCCUUGAAGUCCUGGGCACCUGCACAGAGAAAAACUGGUUCCAGAAACUGGAGGACCACAUCCUUGAUCUUGAUCCACUUGAUAACCAUAUUUAUAUUUUGUGCAAAAAAAUCGCUGAAAAAUAUAUAAAAGUGACAAUACACCACAUGACGAAAGAACGAAACCGUGAACUGAUCAAAAACAAAGUGAGACCACUUUUGUCGAGGGUGAUUAUUUUCAAUCACCAGUAG